GCUGCCUGCAAGUGGUCUAAUCUCAAUGAGGUGUCAAUCAUGUUCCCCGGUGGGUGAAGUAAGGUCUUUUGUAACCGCCUCUGUCUUUGGGAAAGAGAGGCGAGAGGAGGAAGGCUGGAGCGGAGAGGGGGACGCCGGACCGUGCUGCAGGAGAACUCAGAUUUGAUCUCGCUUGUGCGUUAGCAGGGAGAAGCGGAGCACAUGGAUUUCUAAACACGCUGGGAUUUUUUUUUUUAUAUCUACAAAAAUAACAACAAGCGAACCUGACCCUACUGAAAACAGUCAAAUGAAUCGUAACUGCAGAUCAAUGCAGAGAGAUGGGGAAACUUCACUCGAAACAUGCUGCCGUUUGUAAACCCAGAGAAAGUCCAGAAGGUGAUAGUUUUGCGGUGAACGCCUCUCUGGCUCGCAAAGGGCUGGAGGACUGGAUGGUGAAGCAGAAAUACUCCGGGGGCAGCAGCAGCGGAGGCAGCAGCUCGGGACUCCAGCAAGGCUGCCAGCACCGGGCUGUUUGCAGGCUCUCCAGCGCCAGGGUAUGUCUGGUUGAAGUGAUUCUUAACGUGCUUUACUUGGAGACAAUGUGCCAAAGAAAGAAGUUCUCAUUAAUAACGGAUUUAUCUGGGGAAGGCUACAGAGACACUAUUGGUGAUGAACACUUUCAUCUAGAAGUGGCUUUGCCUCCAGAGAAGACAGAUGGAGUUUGCAGUGGAGAUGAAAAGAAAGCAGAAAAAGAAAGUGACACACGCACAGGUUCCAAGAAGCAACUGAAAUUCGAAGAAUUGCAAUGUGAUGUGUCUGUAGAGGAAGAUAACAGGCAAGAAUGGACCUUCACACUGUAUGACUUUGAUAACAACGGAAGAGUCACACGCGAGGAUAUUACCAGCUUGCUUCAUACCAUCUAUGAGGUAGUUGAUGCGUCAGUAAACCAUUCUCCUAGUUCCAGCAAAACUCUGCGAGUGAAACUUACUGUGGCACCAGAUGGCAGCCAGAAGAAAAAGAGUAUCUUGUUAAAUCAUACUGAUUUGCAGAAUGCCAGACACAGAGCUGAAAGCAAAGCUAAUGAAGAAGUAAGAAGCUCUGAGAAGAAGCAGCGGGCUUCUCUCAGAUACCACCAGAGUGAGAACAAUCCAGAGCAAAGUGGGUGCUAUCGUCAUUGUGUUGAUGAGAACAUUGAAAGGAGAAACCACUAUUUGGAUCUUGCAGGAAUAGAAAACUACACAUCAAAGUUUGGGCCAGGAUCUCCUCCAGCAGCUCAAAAACAUGACCCACCAAGCAGAGUUGUGAAUCAGACUAGAUCCCGUUCUCAUGAACCUGAAACCUUCCAUGCUCACCAUAGGAAAUCUCAAGUGGUUGAUCCAAGCCACAUCAAUCUGGCUGAAAGUUCAUAUGCCAAGAUUGCAGAAAUCCAACAGAGGCUUCGGAACCAGGACUCAAACAAGCAAUUUGUGAGGUCUCCCAAGGCCCAGGGCAAAAACAUUGCCCCUGUGCAUCCUGGAAGGGCAGUUAGAAAUAAGCCUUUUCAAGGGGCACCCAUGCCAAUGGCUUCCCCAAGUGCACGGGUGGGCCAGAAUGUUCCUUACCUCCCCUUGCAAUCUCAACAGGUUCACAAGAAACAUAAGCAGAGGGCAAAGGAUAAUCACCAAAUGUGCAAAACCUUCCAGUCUCCAGGGACAGUUGUGGAAAAGGAACAUGUGAGAGACCUGCCCACAGUCAUUUUAUAUGAAGGCCAAGUUGGACAAAUGAUACAAAGACAUGAGCACCACCACCACCAUGAGCACCACCACCACUACCAUCACUUCUACCAGACAUAGAAGAAAUCCCACCAACAUCCUCCAAGAAUCAUCCCAUAUGAAGGAAACAUGUUCUUGUGAUACCAGAACUAAGGCAUUACUAUGAUUAAUAUUAUUGUUACUCCAUUAAUAUUCAGCUAGCAUAUAUUUUAGAGGUUAUAUGGAACUCUUGAAACUUACCCUAUUUAUAUGUUGUGGAACGGCAUAGCUUACUUAAACACCUUGUGGAUUUUUUUUUAAAUUUUAUUAUUUUUUAAAGUGGCUUGUAAAACAGCAAACAGCCAUAGCUUUUUGAGCUGUGAUUUAAUACAGGUCGUCAACGCACUUCUUUACAAGUACUACUUCCAUUGUAGUAGGAAAGAUACUUCAAACAUUAUUGCAGACAUCUAGCUUACCACUCUGCUGUAUGUCGGCUGAUCGCACACAAGCCUUUUAUCAGGGGAGCAAUGUUCGAAGGGUUGGACUCCAGAGAUACUCAGAAUAAUGGAAAAUACAAACAGCUGCUACCUCUAGUAUUAUUCAGAUUUUAUUUUCUUUUUAUUGAUUGUAAUGUGCUACAGGGGGGAUUUUAAUAUACUGCAUUCAUGUAGCCUGUUUGUGUUCACAUCCUUUCAAAUUAUCUUAAUAAUUACAAGGAAAUAUUAGCUAUACUUGUCAACAGAGCUACAUUUGUUCAACUCACGCUUUAUUUUUUUGGAGAUUCUUCGCUGACACAAGUACAGUCUGUUAUAUACUGGGUAAUAUUUAAAUAUAGUUCUUUUAUUUUUGGUUUUAAUCUUGCUUACUCUCCAUUCUGUUUGGGGUAACCAUUUGAAAAGAGGAGGAUGUGAAAUGGGGUUUUCAAAUGCAUCACUAGACUUUAGUGCUUGGGCCAUAAGUAUCAUUCAUGGGGGUUUGAGAAGGAGAGGGGUUGUUUGCGUUUUUUGUUUUGUUUCGUUUUGGUUUUUGUUUUGUUUAAAUCCACAGUUCUUUGUUUUGAGGAAUUGAGGAAAAUAUACUUUCUCACUUUAAAUGUUGGCAAAUAUAUAUAAAAUAUAAAUAUAAAUAUAUAUAUAAAAAUAUGCACACUCUCAGGUACAUUUUGUUGUGUUUUAGAAAUCUGUGGUUUGUAUAUUAACUUUUUUUUUUUUUCCUCAACAGUGACUUUUUAGAAACAUAUGCCAUGGCAUUUUCUUAGGUGCCUCCAUUUUAAAUUUCCCCAGCACCUACCAAUUUGUGCGUUUCCCAUUUUAGAGACAAUUCAACAUGUAGAAAAAUAUCAUUCACAAUCAUUCGGGCCUCUUCUGCUUUUUCUGUAUCAAAGGGCUUCCAUUCCGUGAAGGAGAAUGAGACCAUACUCACAAGAACUUACUGGCUGCUGAGAAAUUUGAAAGUCAAAAGCUAAUUGGAAAAGUGAAAAAAAGGGUCAGAACGUUGAAGUUUUACUUUCUGUGGGGCCCAGAUUUAUAAUACAUUCAGUUGGAUUUUGUACAGAUCACCAUUUUGCAGGUAGACAAACACCUACAUUGCUUUUGGAACAUUAAAGCCAAGGAAUUCUCACAGGAAAACAUAAUUGUUCUAUAAACAUACUUACUUUUGGUUUUAAUUAUUUUAAAUGUUGUGGUAUUUUGUCUAUAGUAUAUAUUGUAAAGUGUAAUUAUCCCACAUUGUUAUAAGCCCUUUAUGAUUGGGGUGGGUUUCUUUCCGACUAGAGUUUUGAUCAGUCCAAAAUGGAGUAUUACCAUACUGCUGACCAGUUGUAGAGGGAUGUUGUCCUUUCUAAGAACAGGGAAUCAACUUUUAAAGAAAAAUAGAAACCCUUGCCUUCUUGUGGAAUUGGAAUAGAAUCACUGUUUCAUGGUAAUUAGGUCCACCUCUUGUCUCCCUGGAUCAGCAGUUGUUUAGACUUAUUGUCCUCUUUAAAAAAUCUGGUUUGUUUUUUUUUUAGCUGUCAACCAUGUGUUCUGUUAAAUCUAACAAAAUGUUUUUUAAAAUGUGUUUGAUCUGUGUGACAACUAUACUGUUCUGUUUAUUUUUAAAAUUCCUAAAGUCCAAAAAUAUUUAUAUGCAGAAUUUUCUGUAAUGAAAAUAUGGAAAGGCCGCAAAUUUGGUUAGUUACCACUGAGUUGUUCUAGUCUAAGCCUUUUUUGCUGCUUGUGUAUCAUUCUUUUUCAAUGUAUAUAUAAUUAUGGACUGCAAAAAAAAAAAAAAAAGGCAUUUAUAUGUCUAGUAGAAGGAAUAAGCUUAUUUAUAUUAUAGUGUUAACAAAGUCUGAUGUAUUCAAGUGACUUAUGUUAUACCGCAUGCAAACACACAAGUGUACAUUCCAUCUAAGAAGGGAUGCCAUGCUAUUUGUUUUGAAGAUGUAGUUAAAGCUGUUCUCUUUUCAGUAGAGCAUAUGCCAGAAAGACUGGGAGGUGGGAAUUGUUUCUUAGUCAAUCUUUUUAAUGCAGAUUGCUGCUGAAAACCAGAAGAUGUUCUGGAAAGCUAGAAUGCUUUCAGAACCGUGGGUUUUUCUCAGAGAGGGCAGCAAAGGGGCAUAAAUGCUCUUUUACCCAAAGAUAUUUUCCUGGAAAAGAUAACAGCACCAAUAAGAAACGAUUAAAAAGUAUGCAGUAGUAGCUGUGCCAAGUGAACGCUGAAAUGUAACACAACUGACUAUUGGUUACAACCUUGCAUUGAUUUAUUUUGGUUUGUUGUAUUUGGAGAUUCGAAAGGCAAAUUCUACCUUGCUCAGAUUCUGUGAAAUACAAAUACAUUUUAAUAACGUGGCAUCCCCAUAGAAAAACUUUACACCAGCCAUGUAUGAACAUACAGUAUCUAAGUACUGUGUUGCAGUUGUUACGUGCAUUAAGUGUGAAUAACAUGUAGCACAGUUUCUUUUCACAGAACCUUAAAUUUCCGUAUCUUUUAAAAAUGUUCGCUUUUCAGUAUUUUGUAUAGUAAAUAGAGAUGGUUUUGACUAAAUGCUUUAUUUAUUUAACAGCAAAAACUGUGCCAAGAGAACCCCCUGUUAAUUAAAGUUUUACUAGUUCAGAAAGUAUAUUUCCUUCUUCUUGUUGUGGAUUUCAGGGGCUUAUUGCAAUUGCUGUCAGUGCUUGCAGAUCCCACUGAUCAAAGAACUUGCAUUAACAGGAUCAGGCCAUAAGGUAUGGAAUGGAUAUGCUUUGGUUCCAUAUAUUUAAACUAUCAAAAUUCAAAGUUAUAUUUCUUGUUCCCUACCGUUAGGUCUGUGUUGAGUAACUGAUUUUUCAGCUUGUUAUUAAUUGGCAACCUUUGUGUGCGUGUAUAUAUAUGUAUAUAUAUAUAUGUAAUUUUAAGUUGCUCAAAACUGGCUGAAUCACAAUUUAAAAUAGAUUAGUUUCUGGUUAAACAAAACAUUUCAGUUCCAAGGAAAAAAAUAUUCAGACUUGAGUAUAUUAUUACUGUUUAAAAGUAAAAUGGAGUGCCAUGAAGUCAUUUCAAAUGAAAACUCCAGCCUUUUCACUUACUACUUCUGUUUUUACAGAAAGCAAUACAGCAAAACUAAGCCAAUUCCAAAAUUUGCACUACUUGCUGAAAAAAUUUUAACAGAAAAAUUUUGCUCACCUCUACCAGCUGCAAUUUUUGGGAAGCCAGGUUUUUGAAAAGAAGGAUUGCUUAGCUCUUCUCACAACUUCAUGGCCACCUAAUACAAAGUAAAUUAAGCUAAGGAUUGUGAAGUAAAAUCUCUGGCAAGACUGCCAGAUUCCCACUGGCUUCAGGGUGCCUAUAAUUUCAUUCCAGGAAUGUGGGUUUGAAGUCUACAUAAUAUGCAGACAGUGAUUUCAGUAUUUAUUUUUACGCAUCUUACUGCUGAUGGUUUUGUAGUAGCUAAUAUGAAAUGGAAGUGUAUACUGUAAGAGAUCAAGCUAGUAAAUUAAUUAAGAUCAGCAGCAAAUACUGUGCUUUACAGUCAUGUCAUUGGAGGUCCUCAAGGCACCUCCAAACGUCUUUGAAACAUCCACACGUCAUUUAGUCAGUAUUAGAAAUUAAGACCCAGUUCUGCCCUUGGAUGAGGAAGUACAGGUUCUGCUAGCACAUCGGCAGAUCAGCCCCUUAAGGCCAUACCAAAUUAAAAGGCCCAAAAUCUCAUCUUUAUAACUGCCUUCCUACUUUAGCGAUCAUGAGCACAGAACAGCAAAAUAUAGCUGGAGAAGUACCUUAAAGGUGUGUGUGUGUAUAUAUGUAUGUGUGUAUAUAUACAUACAUAUGUGUGUGUGUGUGAGUGUGUGUCCUCUGGCAGAAGUUAGUGAGUGGCACAAGAUGGAUUCUGACAGAGGUGAUCUUUUGUAAAGGGAUUAAGUACUGUGUAUGCUCAACAGUCUGCAAGUUGCCACAUAAGUAUACAGAUACGAUGAAUGCUUACUGUUCUCCAUAUGUCAUUGUGUACCUCAAUUAUUGAAUGACAGAUUUCAUUUGUAUUUCAAUUAACAGGAAGGUUGGGCCCCUUGGGGCCUAGAUUUUGCUUGAGAAAAACUCAUCAUGCUAGAAAAUUUGCAAAAAAUGUUCACCAUAAUUUUUGCCUGGAGUACAGGCAAGAACGUUCAUGUUUGGAAACGUGUCAGCUAAUCAAGUCUCACCUUUAAUUACCUUGAUGCAAUUCAUCAAGAUCUGAAAGUAUGUUUUCAAACAUGACUUAUUCAUGGUUUUGCUGAGAACCAAGUUAUAUUCAGCAUCCUGUUAGUUGUCAGCCUUCUUUUUUUAAAAAAUGUACCAAGCAGAAACAUGUUUGAAAACCCAUGAAAGAAAAAUUGAACUUAAUGUGCUUUCUAAAUAGCUUCUGGAAGAAGAUUUCUCUUCUUUUCUAGUGCACUUAGCAGCAAAACCAGCCUCGAUUUAUCACAUAAUAAAUUAUUUUAUUUGCA